AUGGGUAUCUUGUCAUUAUUCGUCCUAGUCACAUUUGUUCUUGCACGACAGGUGAUUGCCAUCACUACACAGCAGAUCGAGACCGACUUGUCCUCCAACCUUUCUAAUGGAUCACACGUCGUUCUCACCACCGAUUCCUCUUACCCAACUGAAUUCACGCAACGAUGGAGCAUCUACGAUAAGGCCGAGCCAGCCUAUGCCGUUGCUGCCAAACCCGCUACAGCGAGAGACGUACAGACGAUCUUGCGGUAUGCAACCAAGAACAAGGUCCCUCUUUUAGCAACCGGAGGUGGCCACGGGUACUCGACCACUCUUUCUGGCCUACACAAUGCGCUCGAUGUUGAUCUACGCAACUUCAAGAAGAUUAAAGUCGACGCAUCCACCAACACCAUGGUCGUUGGAGCCGGUUCUACGUUUCAUGAUAUGUUCGAUCCGCUGUAUGCGGCCGGCAAGAUGAUGCGACCUUUGACUGGUGAACACGGACUCCUGAUUGACUCUCUACUCUCCGUGGAAAUGGUCACCGGAUCGGGCGAGAUUCUAACGGCGUCGGCUACUGAGAACUCCGACCUCUUCUGGGGCAUGCGUGGCGCGGGCUUCAACUUCGGUGUGGUCACAUCAGCGACCUAUCGCAUUUACGAUACAAUCAAUGAUGGCAUGGUUUACAAUGCAGACAUGUCGUUUGAAGCUGAGAAGAACGCCACGAUAUUUGAAAUCUUCCAGACUUAUCAAGGCAAGCAAGAUGAUAAGCUGGCAUUAACGAUUGGAUCCUCCAUAAAGAACAAGGUCCCAACAAUCGAUGUCUCCGCCAUUUACUACGGCAGCAAGCAGCAAGGCGACGCCGCGAUCAAGUCGUUCAUCAAGCAGAAGCCAUAUUACAGUAACAUCUCGGUCGUACCCUACAACCGGCUAGUGAGCGUAGCAAACUUCGGCGGCGAUAUAUUCGCUCAGCGGAAGGGUGUUGACGCGGACAUGUGGGGAUUUCAGCUCAACAACCUCACUGUACCUGCGCUGGUCGACACAUUCACGAAAUACAUCAACUUCCUCCUUGCGAACCCCGCAAUCGAUAAUACCAACUGGAUUAUCGAGAAAUUUGGCCUCGGCGUAACGGCAAGCAUCGACGAUGAGUCUACAGCCUAUGCUUGGCGCAAAACUGUAGCCUAUGGCUUCUUCGCUUUUUACCUACCUGGCAAUGUCACUGCGGAGCAGACCAACACCGUCGACACGUUCACCGCGAAGAUACGCACCGAUUUGAUGACAGCGUGCGGAAACCCCGAUGGCAAUGUGUUUCCCAACUACGCACGUGGCGACGAGAAGCCGGAGCAAGUGUAUGGCGCGACGAAACUUCCAAGACUGAGGCUGCUGAAGAAGAAGUAUGACCCGAAGGGUUUGUUCAACCACUUCAACUCUUUCGUAUAA